AUGGAACUCCCCUCACAUCCAUCUGCAUCCCGUGGAAGAGGGAAGGCUCGAGGAUGUGGGUCCAAUCCCCCUCAUAACCAGGCCCCUAAGACCACUGCACCUAGGAUAAUUGUCCAUUGGACCAGACCAUCAGAUCUCCGUGGCACAGACACACUAGUGCAGCAUCUUGUCACUCACCCUUUGGAUGCCCACAUAAUAUUCUACAAGGGUAAAAAAUCUGCAACUUCCAGCAACGAGGAGUGUCCUUCUGGAAAGGACAAGGGGGAAAUCUAUCAAGUCUUGGUGAAACUUAUCUUCACAAACAACUCAGAAUAUUCAGGCGCAUAUGCUGAGCACUCAAAGAAAUUCGACAUUGUGAAGUCAUUCAAGGAGCAGCUUGACAAUUUUAACAAGACUGGUGCUGGUGUCACUCUGCUUGAUGAAAAUGCAGCUGUUAAUCUACACAACCCUCAGCUUGCUCCCCCAGACCCUCGGCUUGCUACCCCAGACCCUCAGCUUGCUCCCCCUCUCCCUCAGCUCACUCCCCCUCUCCCUCUCCCUCAGCUCAUUCCCCCUCUCCCUCAGCUCGCUCUCCAAAGCCCACAUGCUGCCAGUGCUCAGCCCGACCCUGCAAGCACUUUGUACCCCCCCCCCUCCUCAUUACACCAGCGCUGGGGGCAGUCCGAUCGCCAAUCUGGACGGUGA